AUGACCAAAGAACUGCUCCGUUGGGAAGACAGUCCUGGUCUUGAGCACCACUGUCCCAAGUGCCAGACUCCCUUGAACAACCCGAGAGCCAAACACACCUGCUACCUCAAGCAUGUGGAGAUAUGUCCGCUAUUUCACCAGCACUUCUUCAUGAUCGGCCAGGCUCACAACUGCGACACUUGCCGUCGCAACAAUAGCGCUCACAAUGAGCGCCACAGACAGCUCGCCUUGCUUCUCCGCCAGCUUGUUCAGCUUCAGCAAGAACAAGGCAUUGAGCCCAGCGGCUCCUCUGGUUCGCCAUUCUCGCCCACCAGCAAAAGAUUCUCCAGCUCCUGGCCUGCCGACACUGAUCCAGAGACUCCUUCAAAGCUCAGGAAGCGUGAGCGCAAGAAGGCGAAGAAACGCAUCAAAGCGUUAAAGGGAGGAGACGCCCUCACCACCGCCGAAGUUGCCGCCAUAGCCACGGCUCUGCACCCUCCCUCUCGCAACGACAGCACCUCUUCUGCAUCGUCAUCUUCAACUAAUACUACCGACAGCAGCAGCCAGAGUACCGACCGUAAUGACUCUGUGCCCAUCCCUGGCUCGCCCAACUCACCCACCACCCCCGCUCCUGAGAGCCCAUCCUUCAACAAUCUCAUGAACGCCAACAAAGCCUUCUAUCCGGAUGUCAACGGCAAACUCAACUCCGCCCGCAUGGCUCUGCAGAAACAACUUGUCUCUGUGUUGGAUGAAACUUAUCCUCCCCUGGACGCAUCGGUCGAGAAUGCCAUGCAUGCUCUCAAUAUCCCUGAUGUUGAUGCAAAGACUCCUAAGUGCAUUUUUGAGCUUGUGGCAAAGAUCAAGGAGGCUGUCAGAGAGGAUUUGUUCUGUGCUGAGUGUGAUGUGCGCAAGUUCCGUCUCAGACAGGCUGGUUGGUAUCGCUUUGUCAACCGCUCCGUGUUGGCUUUGAAGGAGGAGUGA